AAAAAAAUAUAUCACAUUUUAUCACAUACAUUCACAAGGAUAUACAUAUAUAAUAUAAAUGUUCAUGCAUGCAUUUGUAUAUUUUUUGUCGACUUAAUCAAAAAACAUCAUAUUAACUUUAUACCUUCACCACCACUUAAAAGACUUUUACUAAUUACAGUCACAUUAACAACAACAACAACAAACAAACAAACAAACACGUAAGCAAACAAGCAGAUAAGAUGGAUGGUCAAGUAGAGACAAUAUCAUUGAGUGCUAUAGCUAACGUUGCGUCAAUGGCGGCGGCUGCACAACAGAUAAGCGUUCAAGGCCACACAAUGCUGGGCGCACUGACCGGUACUGACCGACCGGCUUGUAUGUUUACUAUACAUUCUCCAAUAGCAAAUCUGAACACAUCGAAUGCAAUGCCACUGACAAUACACACAGCGCCACCUGUUGUAGCAGCAUCAUUAUCAUCGUCAUCAUCAUCAUUAUCAUCUUCAUCGUCAGUGGCAGCAACUGCAGCAGCAAUGUCAGCGUUAUCAUCAGUAUCAGCAUCAUCAGCAUCAUCAUUAUCGUCUUCGUCAUCAUCGCUGUCUUCGUUACCAUCGCUGUCUUCGUUACCAUCGCUGUCUUCGUUACCAACACAGUCAUCAUUAUCAUCAUUAUCGUCAUCAUCAUCAACAGCAGCAGCAGUACAAGCGGCUGCGGCGGCGGCGGCGGCAGCGGUGCAAGCAGCAGUUGGGAAUACUGCGGUGGUGGCGGCACAACAGGCUGCAUUGCAACGAGCAGCGGCACGAAAUACAAUGACAGCGGCACUGGUGCCGGAACCAAUGGUGGUAGAGACGACGCUGACGUCAUCGGCUACAACAACGACGACGACGGCGACUGCGAUGAUGGCUGCGACGACGACGACGAACGCGUUUUCAACGACGACGGCAGUGGCGGCAACGAACGGGUUUCCAGCGACGACGACGACGACGGCGGCGGCGGCGACCACAACCUCCUCCACGACGACGACGACGACUCCCAAUUCGAAAUCAGUCCGUACGAUAUCGAUGAAAGAGAACGCACGCGAGCUGAUGAACUGUAAGCGACGUCUCGAUUUCAACCACACCAACUACUUGCCGUUGCAUCGACCACAGACAGUUGCCGUGGCUCGGCGCAACGAACGCGAAAGAAACCGCGUUAAGUUGAUCAACAUGACUUUUGCCACGCUUAGAGAACAUAUACCGAGCGGUCCGAAGGGCAGUAAGAACAAAAAAAUGAGCAAAGUAGAAACUUUACGAGCAGCCAUUGAUUACAUACACUACCUACAAGACCUUGUUGAGGAUAGUGACACCGUCAACACAAUCUUCGAUAGUAGCUGUUUGACCGCUGCCGGAUUAACGGCUGCCGGUUUAACUAACGGAAUAUACCAGACUACGGUUAUGAACUCGCCGCGACCGAGUUCUUGCUCGGAUAGUUCUUACGAAGGACUUAGUGCUGAAGAAGAAGAAUUAUUGGGAUUCACAAAAUGGUUCUGAAAGAAAAAAAAAAUGUGCUGAAAAAAGUAAAAACCAAGUUCAAUAGCAUGUGCAUACAUGCAUGCGUAUAUAUAUGUACAUAUAUAUGAAUGUAUAUAGCCAUAUAUAUAUAUACGCACAGAAAACAACAAUGACCUGUAAUAAUGAAAACCAUAUGAAAAUUUUUAAAAUGUCAGGAAAUCGCUGCAGAAGAAACAGCCACAUGUUCAUAACGAAAAAUUGAAUUGAAAACUCGCUGUCAUUUUGUUGAUGGAAAGCUUCUCUACAGAACCAAUUUGUCGUGUUAGCAUGUGAAAUUGCAAAACAAAAAAGAAAAAAAGAAAAAAGAAAAAACAGAAAAAAAAAAAAGAAAACGAAUAAAAUCUAGUAUCUGAAUUCCAAAGCGAAAGAAAAUAUAUAUACUAACGUUUAAAAACUAAGAAAAGAAAUAUAAAAACUGUAAAUUAAUUAGAAGUUUAUUUUCUUAGUAAAGAUUAUAUUAGUUUAUUUUCUUUAAAAUGAACUAUAAAAAAUAUAUUUGUUGAACAUUUUAUACGUAUAUCGUAUAGCCUUCUGAGAAAGGGUCAGUUCCGAAACGUGAAAUUUCUCUUCUUCCAACAGCACACGAACUUAUCCAAACACAUGACUGUCGCUGAAACAUAUUUUGCCGACCGAUUUCACGGAAUUCUUGUUUUUGAUGCAUAAGAAGAUAUAUUGCAAAUAAAAAUCAUAAGGAAUUCUAGCAUGUGCUUGAAAACAUGGUCACACAGACAUUUCAAAAAUGGUAUGGUUAUGAUUACUCUCAUACUUAAUAUUAUCUUCAUCUGUUAGGAUUGGAGGUAAAGAUGAAUAAUAGCCCGCGAAAUUUUGAAAUUAGGACACGAACUGACAACAGUAGAUAUUGUCAAAUCACCCAUUGCUCAUCUAAUACAGUUUGCUAAACCACUGACAUUCGUCAUCUACUACCUGUGAAUAUAUUUCUUAUGGCCAAUUCACAAGGCUAAAAUGUAUAGAAUAAACUGUACCCUCAACUAGAAUGAAAUCUUGAGACUUUUUGUUUUUGGAGGGCGGGAGAGGGAUGGAGAAUAAAUAAAUACAAAUUUCAUCCCAGCUUAGUUUUGGAUGUAGAACAGAGAGUGACAAAUUUAUAUACUACCAUACAUGAAGUUCAGUGUUUUAUCUCAUUAACAAUUUCAUACAAACUAUUUUCUUCCAUAUAAUAUAAUAUAUUUUUUAAAAACAACGCAAGCUCACAGAUACUGCUCUUCCUACAUAACAAGUGUAUAUGUGUGUGCGCCAAUUUAUAUUAAAUAAACAAACAGUCGAACAUAUGUAUUUAUAAAUACAUCAAUCAUUCUUUCAACACACAUAUAUAUAUAUAUAUAUACACAUUUAUAUUUUGUAUAUACGUACAUACAUCAUUAACUAUAUAUUUUUUAAAUACCUUUUGAUUUAAUAUUAAAGUACGACGGGGUGCUGAAAAGUUCCUGGUGUUGAGUAAAAGUAAAUAAAAGAAGUCUCAGUUAAUUAUGAUUUUAUUCAAUGUAUUCCCCUCUCAGAUUCACACACUUAUUGCAACAGUCCUUCAGUUUUUGUCAAAGCCCUGUAAAAAAAAGAACUUGGAAGGUGGUUUUCCAACCAGGCCUCUGUAGCAGCGAUCACUUCCGAAUCGGAGUGAAAUGUCAUUCCCUUGAGAUGUUUCUUCGGUCGGGGAAAGAGGUGAUAAUCGGAGGGGGCCAAAUCAGGAGAGUAAGGUCUGCCAAUUCGAAACCAAAGUCGCGUAUUUUCCGCAGAGUUUCAUGUACUGUGUAUGUUGGCGCAUUGUCUUGAAAACACAGGAUAUCACAGCUCAGCCUUUCACGGUGUUUCUGCUUCAAAGCUUCCCGCAGUUCAUCCAAUAGAGACAUGCAGUAUUCUGCGUUGAUGGUGCGACUCUUUGGCAGGUAUUUUAUGAGUACUCCGGGUUUGUCCCAGAACACUAAAGCCAGAAUCUUUCUAAUUCACUUCUGGGUCCAUAACUUCUUGGGGCGCGGUGAAUCACUGUGGCGUCACUCCAGUGAUUGCUGCUUGGUUUGGGGAUCAUAAUGAUGAAGCUAAAUUUCACCCGUGGUAACUGAACGAGCCAUAAAAUCAGCCUCUCCCGCAGCAAACCGGUACAAAAUCGCCUUUGAUGUCAUCAUUCUGAUGCGCUUCUGAUCUGCGUUCAAGCAUUUCAGCUCCCAUUUUGCAGAAAGCUUUCUCAAAUCCAGGAUGAUUUGCCCAACUCUUUCGCGAAUCAUCUCCAGAGUCGAGUCUCGGUUAUGCUUUUAGCGGAAAUCCGACGGUCCUCGAGAAUCAUGACGUGCACAUCGUCGGUUUUGUCCUCUAUGGUCACGGAAGUUGGCCGCCCUGACCGGCGUUCAUCUGUGACCUCAAAAUGACCAGCCUGAAACCUUGACAGACAGAUAUUUAUUGCAGAUUAAUAUAAGCAGUUAUCCUUCAAGAUUUCCUUCAUCUCGCUAUAGAUUUCCACCACUCCAUUGCUUCGCAAAAAGAGGAACUUCAUGACAGCUCCUGGUUCAGUUUUACCAAAAUCCACUGUAGGAGCUGCUUUCAUGCGUUAAAUUCGCAAAAAAAAAAAGGAAAGAUAAAUUGUAUAACUUAAUAAUUUUUUGCCUAUUUUCUCCAAAAUAGUUGUCCCACCUUUCCUGCAAAAAGUAACACUUCCACCCUCUCACGAUAGCCUUAAAGCCAGGAACUUUUCUGCACUCCUUGCAUUGAAAGUGAACGUGAUCAAUGAACAACGACUGAAAUGUAAAUGAACAAUAACUGAACAGCAAUACCAUAAAUGAACAAUAAAAUUUGAUCGUACUCUGCAUACAUAAGACCUUUAACAACAACAAGACAAUGUUAACAGUCUACACAACUGAAUCAACAUUUGCAAAACCUAAAGGUGCGAAGAGAAAGAGAAAGAAUACCACAAAGGAGAAUGUGAUGAUAACAAUGACGAACAUUUUAUUGUUUCUUCUAGUUCUUCCUCACAUCUUUAUUUUUUUAUCAGUAUAAAGAAAGAAAAAAACUUUGUUUUAAAACUCAUAAAAUAAAAUUUUUAAAAAAUUAUGUGCCUUAACCAGCAAGA